CCCACCGGAAAACAGACACACUCCCUCCCAUGGCUGCGUCUCUCUCCUCCUUCUUCACUCUUCACCCCCUUCGCAUCAAACUCCAUAGACAUUGCAUCAAUCACAGGCUUAUUUCCUCCUCAUCAAACUCCCAACAAUUCUUCAUUAUUUCAUCCCGUCUCCCCCAAAAACGCCAUUUCAAAAGACCUUUCUCGCUCAAGUUCUCCAGAAAUUUGUCACAGUGUUCUGGAAACCCCAUAUUCAAUGAUGAUAGGAAGAACAGUACACCAAGCUUUCAACAUUUCCAAGCUCAAGCUCAAGCUCAAGCUCAAGCCACUGCUCUCACAUCUUCCGAUGAUGCUGUUCCGUCCUCUGAAGUUCUUCCAAGAAGUCGUAUUUAUCAGGAAACAUAUGGAUGCCAGAUGAAUGUAAAUGAUAUGGAGAUUGUCUUGUCUGUUAUGAAAAAAGCUGGAUAUGAUGAAAUUGUGGACGAGCCUGAAAGUGCCGAGAUAAUCUUCAUCAACACUUGCGCGAUUAGGGACAAUGCUGAACAAAGAGUAUGGCAGAGACUUAAUUAUUUCUGGUUCUUGAAAAGGCACUGGAAGAGUAAUGUUAAAACUGGUCGGUCACAAUCUUUGCGUCCUCCAAAAGUUGUCGUGCUCGGUUGUAUGGCUGAGAGAUUGAAAGAUAAGAUAUUAGAUGCAGACAAAAUGGUCGAUGUUGUUUGUGGGCCAGAUGCAUAUAGGGAUUUGCCACGUUUACUAGAGGAGGUAGACAAUGGGCAAAAAGGGAUCAAUACCCUUCUUUCUCUUGAAGAAACUUAUGCCGACAUAAGUCCAGUUCGCAUCUCUAAAAAUUCUAUUUCUGCUUUCGUGUCGGUGAUGAGGGGUUGUAAUAAUAUGUGUUCUUUUUGCAUAGUUCCAUUCACUAGAGGCAGAGAGAGGUCUCGACCUGUUGAAUCUAUAGUCAAAGAAGUGGCGGAACUUGAAAAGGAAGGCGUGAAAGAGGUCACCCUUCUUGGUCAAAAUGUGAAUAGUUACAACGAUGAACAUGAUGAGGAAGUUGAGGCUGGCGGCAAUUGGAAGUUAAGUGACGGGUUUUCCAGCAAGUGUAAGGUGAAAAGUGUGGGAUUGCGUUUUGCUGAUCUUUUGGAUAGACUUUCUUUGGAGUUCCCAGAGAUGCGGUUUAGGUACACUUCUCCACACCCGAAAGAUUUCCCGGAUGAGUUGCUAUAUAUAAUGCGAGAUAGACACAAUAUUUGCAAAAAUAUUCAUUUGCCUGCACAAUCGGGAAAUAGCAACAUGCUUGAAAGAAUGAGACGAGGGUAUACAAGAGAAGCGUACUUAGAACUUGUGCACAAGAUACGGAAUAUAAUACCGGAUGUUGGAUUAACAAGUGAUUUUAUAUGUGGCUUCUGUGAUGAAACAGAGGAGGAACACAAAGAUACUUUGAGUCUUGUAAGGGCUGUUGGUUAUGAUAUGGCAUACAUGUUUGCAUAUAGCAUGAGGGAGAAAACCCAUGCUCAUAGAAAUUAUACCGAUAACGUUCCCGAGGAGGUAAAACAAAGGAGAUUAACGGAACUUAUUGAAGCAUUUCGUGAGAGUACAGGUCAGUGUUUCGACUCCCAAAUUGGCAGUAUUCAGCUUGUCUUAGUUGAAGGACCGAAUAAGAGAGCUCCUGAAACAGAGCUAAUUGGGAAGAGUGAUAGAGGCCAUAGGGUUAUAUUUACUACUUCUCCGGUACCCGAUUGGGUGGAUGGUGAUGGGGAUCGAAAUCCAAAAGUUGGUGAUUAUGUAGAAGUUCGGAUAUUGAAAUCUUCACGAGCAUCGCUAUUUGGAGCUGCAGUUGCUAUCACCACAAUGAGCUCAUUUUACAAAGUUGCACAUGAAGAAGCUGUUGCAUCUGCAAACAGAAGUUGAAACUCAAGCAGCCAUGAUCUUUGUAAGUUACAUUUUGUUUAGUUACUUGAUCUUGAGAUGACCUUUUUCUUUGGAUUUUGUCUGAUUUUUUGUAAGGAAAGCUACCAAAAAUUAGUCUCUUGUA